AUGGGAGGCAACAUCAUGCCCUCCCUUUUCAACCUCACCUCCCUCCAAACACUCAAUCUUGCAUUCAAUAUGUUCAACCAGCUGAGUGCUGUCCUGCGUUCAGAUUUGGAAAAACUGGCUAAUCUCACACAUCUCAACCUUUCUAAUUCCGGACUGCUGGAAGGCCAAGUCCCCAUCAGCAUCUCUCGCCUCACAAAACUAGUAUCUUUGGACCUCUCACAGGACUUCCACCCACAUACUUUGAAGUUGGAGAAGCCGGAUCUUGGUAUUCUUAUCAGAAACCUCUCUAAUCUCAAGCAGCUCUACUUGGAUGGAGUCAAUAUCUCUUCUAGCGGAACGAAGUGGUGUCAAACCAUCUCUGACUCUGCUCCUGGGCUUCAAACUCUCAGCUUAAGAGUCAAUACCGUCGUCAAUCUGGAAUCUCAGUGA